AUGCUUGAUUUAAGUCCAAUAUUGGGUAAACAUGUCACGUUUCCUUUAAUGUGCUGUUUCCUCUACCUAAUCUAUAAGGAUCUAGCGGCCAGCGACAGGAAGAUAAAGGAAGGACAUUCUGGGAACCAACAUCAGCAGCAGCAGCAGCAGCAGCAGCGACAAGAUCCAAAUAAUGACUGGAAAUCAAAUAUCAUUUUGACAGACAAAGUGAGCGCAACCGAUAAAUCAUGGGACCAAACUAAACCGUUUCCUUACCAGCCUUUUAAGGCAGGCGAGUAUAAACUCAACAUGGGCAUAAAGACAAUUCCAACACAGGAUUGGCUCGUUCUCGAUAACACAUACAGGAGCAGAAUCGAGGCCAAAUGGCAAGUGGUGAGAGAAAACUAUCAGGAUGUAAUUUUUUAUUUGGAUCCCGCAAUGGUCAAUACCACGGCGACACAGGAGCAGAGCGAAAACGAAGGCGAUCCAUUAUAUGAGGAAACGGCCAUCACCAGCCAAGACGUCAAAAAUUGUGAAAUCGCGCUUUGCGAACUCUACGAAAAUAUCGUGGUCUUCCUCUUGCAACGGUAUCCACAGCAUUUCCAAGUGUCACAACCACCGUCCCAGGACUCCCCAGGCGUCCUGCACAACCAGAUUCUCGACGAGCACCAUCCGGUCGACCCACGCAAAUAUCUGGACCUCGCAGAAACCCGGGUCAAAACUUUCAGUUAUCGGUGCACUGACGCAGAAGUUAUGCCAUCCGACACUUUUGUCGCCAACAACAACAACAACAAGAACAACAACAACAACAACAACAACAACACCACCAAAAGUGACAGUGUAGGGUACAGAUGUCUCAUAUCGUGCACGCGAACCCAACGAGCACACGAAUUGAUCCUAGCACUCAGCAGGCUGGUGGAAGAGGAUCUCAUCUUAUUGUUCCCCAACGACAAGCGCCAGUUCAACCGAGAAUACGUGCUCAUGGCCGGCAUAUUUGCAUUUGCAGCUGGGUUCAACCCAAGAGAACGGUUUUUGAAGCCACUCACGCUGCUGCAUGGCCCAGUUCCAGAGUACCGGAAAAAGCUGCAAAUGCACAUGAAUAGAUUCUUCGAAACCCACAACAUUGGCAAGCUGGUGAUGCGGCUCAAUUUCUCGUUCCAAACCCAUUCCAGAAUGUAUGUGACCAACGAUAACAAGGGCUUGGCCACAGAACAGAUUUCGGCCAAGACUUUAGAGCAGUUGCGCGGUGGACGAGAUUUGUACUACAGAUCCGAGCGACAAUGUUUGAUCAAGCUAGGUCCUCAAUCGCAGGCCAUGUGUUUUUCCAUCAAGACAUAUCUUUGGAACAUGGCAGACCAGUUUUUGACAGACGAUUUUUAUUCUCAAAAUGGCGUUUUACAAGACAUGUACGACGCUGUGGACGGUAUGCAAGAGAACGUUGGCCAGUACAAACGUAAACCCGAAUGGGGGCCUGCACUGUUAGAGUUGGUACGAAACAAAAUCUACAGCCAAAAGAACCAAACAAACUAG